CAAUCUGGCACUUCGAUCCUCUGCCAUUCCCACGCUCUGAUCCUCACAUUUCUUUUUGAGCGCCCGAUCCAACUAUGUAAUCACCGCAAUGUAUCCUCCAUUUGACUAUUUCGAGCACCGCCGGGCCUGCGUAAUAAAGCAGCGCCAGCGUGAUGCGCGUUUCGAAUCCCUCCCAGACGUAUACAAAGGACCACUGACAUCGCAUCAACGGUCCAUCCUCAACGCGCCAAUCGCGACCCUCGUACAAGACGUACACAGCGGAACUCUCUCGCCUGUUGACAUCCUUCGAACGUACGGCAAAACCGCGGCCAUCGCUCAAGAACGCACAAACUGCGUCACAGAAUUGCUUCUCCCCGAAGCUGAGGCAUGGUCCAGAUCGUCCGAUGUGAACCUCCAAGGGCCCCUGGCUGGCAUCCCGGUGUCUCUAAAGGAUAGCAUUGCAGUGGCAGGCUUCGACGUUUCGGUUGGAUAUUCACGGCACGUCUUUAAACCGUGUGCAGAAGAUGGAGUCAUGGUCCAAUUGCUCAAACGAGCAGGUGCCAUACCACAUGUCAAGACAGCAUUGCCUAUCACAUUACUUUCCUUCGAGAGCACGAAUGACCUCUGGGGUGUGGCCAGAAACCCCCACAAUGACCGCUAUUCGCCAGGAGGGAGUACAGGAGGUGAAGGAGCACUUCUUGCACUGAACGGCUCCAGGAUAGGAAUCGGCUCAGAUGUAGCAGGAAGUGUACGUACACCGGCUGCAUGGGCGGGCAUCAAUAGUCUGCGGUGCAGCACGGGGCGGUGGCCCAAGGUCGGCAUGAAUACCAGUAUGCCUGGUCAGGAAGGCAUUCCAAGUGUAUUCUCUCCGAUGGCGCGAACGCUCGAUGAUCUUACCUACUUCACAAAAGCCUUCAUCGAAAUGAAACCAUGGGAGGUCGACUACACUGUCCACCCUAUUCCGUGGAGGCAGGAGCUUUACGACGAAGCCCGCUCAGCGGAGAAACUCAGGAUCGGACUGAUCAGCACGGACGGCGUGGUUCGACCUUCGCCGGCAAUAGCAAGAGGCCUCAAAUUAACGGCAGAUGCAUUGCGCAAAGCAGGCCAUCAAGUCGUCGAGAUUCCGCUUGAAUCCUUCCCUCAGAAGGCAACUCCCGCACAGGGCCUUCAGAUUGCGAGUGUCUUGCUUUGCGCAGACGGUGGCAAGACGUUCGGCUCGUUCUUCCGCACAGGCGAACACAACGACCCUGGCGCAGCGCAGAUCAAGUUCUACAUGUCCCUCCCUCGACCUGUCAAGUACCUGUGGUAUCUCUGGACGCGGUAUGUGAAAUGUGAUCCUCUUUGGGCGAGCAUACUACAGUACUUUCACCCCCUGAGCGCGGCCGAACAGUGGCAAUGGGUGGCCAAGCGCGAAGCAUUUCGAGCGACCUGGUAUGAAUGGUGGAAUAGGCCGGAGCAGGCGUUUGACUUGAUACUGUGCCCCGCUAAUGCGACGCCGGCUCUACCACAUGGUGCCAUGAAGGAUGCCGUGGCAAGCUGUGGGUACACUUUCCUCUGGAACUUGCUGGAUUACUCUGCAGGCAUUGUGCCCGUUGCAAAGGUCGAUAAGGAGCUCGAUGCGCUCGAAGCAGGAUGGAAACCAAACAACAGCAUCGAGAGAGGUACUUACAAAUACUACGAUGCGUCGAAGAUGGAGGGCUUGCCGAUUGCAGUACAGGUUGUCGGACGAAGACUGACGGAGGAGAAGACGUUGGGAUACAUGGGUGUGGUGGAAUAUUGUCUUAGAGAGGCAGGCAUUGUAUACGAGCAUCUCGAUGUCGACAAUUUGCCAGAGCUCAAGGAUAUAGAGCGCCAGAAGAGUAAUGUUUCGGUUCACCCUGGACGAAUAUGGUGAAGGAUGGUGUUACUACUAAUGGACGCGAGCUGACGGUGAGUAUGUACGGCGAAGACUACUGAGGUUGCACAAAUAGGUAUAGACGUACAUGACAGCGGCAUAGCAACGACAUAGACAGAAAUAGAGACUAUACUUGGUUUUGUAGCAACUGUCCAUUUCAUAUGACA